GGGAGGCGCAAUGUUGACGCGUGUCAGAAGGAAACAGGUUAUUCUGACAGAUGUGAUGGAAGAGAAAAUUCAUGUAAGAAACACGCAGCAGACCAGCAGCGUCUGUGGAGGGAGAAACAUGGUUAACGUUUCAGGAUAAAAUUCUCUGCCUUCAUGAAUGAUGGUGGCACUCAGUUCAAAUGGUCACAGCUGUUGUUAAUGGUUUGGCCUGCCGUGCUCAGUGCGCAUGCUCGGCUGCCUGCCUGCCUGACGGCGACUCCAGGCAGGCACGACGACGACGGUAUCGCGGAGCGGUUGUCGGUACCGGUUCUGCCGAGGGACAAAUCAAUUCCCCGGGGCUGAGGGGUAAAAGAUCGCGGCCAGAUGGACAAUGGAGACUGGGGCCAGAUGAUGGGUGACCCAGUCACUCUUAAUGUUGGAGGACAUUUGUAUUCAACAUCAAUUUCCACACUAACAAGGUACCCAGACUCCAUGUUAGGCGUAAUGUUCAGGGGAGAUUUUCCCACUGCCAAAGACUCCCAAGGAAAUUAUUUCAUUGAUAGAGAUGGACCUCUCUUCAGAUACAUCUUGAAUUUUCUAAGGACAGCAGAUCUAACACUACCUCAUGGCUUUAAAGAAAUUGAUCUCCUUAGAAAAGAAGCUGAUUUUUAUCAGAUAGAACCUUUAAUUCACUGUCUGAAUGACCCUAAGCCUCUUUACUCGUUAGAUACCUUUGAGGAGGUGGUGGAACUGUCUAGCACACGCAAACUUUCCAAAUACUCCAAUCCGGUAGCUGUUAUAAUAACGCAACUGACAAUCACAACGAAAGUGCACGCUCUCCUGGAGGGUAUCUCAAACUAUUUCACAAAAUGGAAUAAACACAUGAUGGACACCAGAGAUUUUCAGGUGUCCUUCACAUUUGGACCCUGUGAUUAUCACCAGGAGGUGUCUCUUCGUGUUCAUCUGAUGGAAUACAUUGCAAAGCAGGGGUUUACUAUUAGAAUGACAAGGGUACAUCACAUGAGUGAGAGAGCAAAUGAAAAUACCGUGGAACACAACUGGACUUUUUGUAGACUGGCACGGAAAACUGACGAAUGAGCAUCCUCGCAAUACCAAAUGUUAGCUAUGCCAUGGAUCACUGUAUACAGAAUUUAUUUGAAUACCCAGGUAACCAUGUUCUGCAACUCAGUAAUGUUUUGUACAUUAUCCAUAUUAUGCAUACUGUAACCAAAUACUGUUGAAAUGAGAUAGUAAGAUGUAUAUUCCUUUAAUAUUGAAAUUUUGAUUAACUUUUUAAAUAGUACUUGUUAAUUGUUUCCUAAUAUUGAUGUACUUUUUGUUGGUUCUCCCUAUGUACUUAUGAAAUAGAGUUUAAUAAAGUGUCUUUCAUUUAUGUAAUAGUGGAGUUUGGAUCUAUAAAUCUUACCAACCCAAUAUGUUUUAAGGUAGUCUGUAAAAUAUGGGUGCAGAUUAAAAUGAUUGCUGAUAUUCUUGUAGCUCUCUCAGUACAUGUGAGCACACUUCAGUAGUUUAAAAUGCCUCAUUGUUUAAAAUCUUUGCAAAAUCCUUGAAUUUACAGAUAUGCAUUCAUUUUUACAGGCAUUUGGAAGUUGGUCUACAUUUUAAAUAAAAGGUUGAGCCUUUAAAUGUUCUAGCGAGUUGUUGAAGUAUCAUGCAGUAGUUGUCAAUGGAAGGAGCUAGGAUUUUAGAUGAACUAAACAUAGUAGUUCUAACCACUAUUGGUUGUACAUGAAUUUUGAACCUUUGCAUGAAUCACUUGACAAUUAGUUAAGUUUCAAUAUAAACAUCUUUGUUUUGCAUCUAUACCAUAUCAGUGCCAGUUUACAUAUCAUAGUAUACUUCUAAACUGCCAUAUGAUUGUGAUGUUGAUGAAGUAGUGUGAUUAACAACUGUAUCUUACCAUUGUCAUAUCCAUCCCAGACUACAAAACAAUUUGGUUAGUUUGAGUAUUUAGAAGUGAAUGGAAUCCAGUCAGUUCCAACAUAAUGUGUCAAACCUAUGUUGAAACUAUGUACAGCUGUCAAACAGAAUUAUCACUUAAAUGUCUGAUUAACCAGAAAGUUUUAAGAAAAGCAUUGCUAACUGCAACCAUUAUCACGUGUCGAUUUUAGGCUGUGUCUGAUUUCAAAUUAUUCACGUUUGAUCCAAUUGGUCUUGGUCUCAUGGUGAUUUCAUGCACCAGCAACCAGCUUCCUGAUAAAGUUAGCAGGGUAUUUUGACCAACCAGAUGUAAUUUCAGCAUAUUAGAAUUCUAUCUAAAAGUGAAAUUUUGAAUAUUGAUAUUUUUCUAAAUUUAACAGCUCUGGACCUCUCCAACAGCAUAAUUGCAAGGAGAAGGGACCGAUUGUUAACAUUUGAUAUGGAUUUUUUGGGAAUGAACUGUUUAAAACAUUGCUUUAUGGAUUCAUUUAACAAUGAAAAGGCUGCAUUUGCUAACAUAAUCAGAUGUUUCAGAUAUGUUGUUGUAGAGGCAUAAUUUUAAUAAAACACACUUAAAUCCUUGAGCAAUUUAUUCAAAAUAUGAUAAUUGUUUUAAUUUGAAAAGUUUAAUUGAAUCAACAAUUUUUAAUAUUUUUUCCAAGUCAGAAAUAAACUAAUCUACACACACACGCAAAAUGCUGGAGGAUCUCAGCAGGUCAGGCAGCAUCUAUGGAGAGAAAUGAACAGUUGGCGUUUCAGGUCAAGACCC